GAUCAGAGAGAAAGCAUUCUGCCAGCCCAGCGCCUACAAAUCGCAGUCACUUCCUAACCUCCCCCUUUUUAACAUAUUUGAUCACUUUGAUUCUCUGUUCUCUCUCUUAUUAUUUUUACGCGCAUGAAGGAGGUUCUAUAGGUUGUGAUCUUUUUGUUAUAUUAUCAGUCCUGCUUGCCGGAGAGUUGACUUCAUAUUUGACUCGAGCAUUGGCUGCAACUGCGCGCGGCUGCUAGCGCUACCUCAUCUGAAGAAAAGGAAGAAGCAGCGCUAUUUUUUGGCCAGUUGUUGGUUUUUCUUCAAGACUUCACGCUGGAACUUCUCGCGCUUCGCAAGUAUCGUUGAAAGCUGCGUGUUUCUGUGCGUGCGAACGUCGCCACACGCGUGAAGUUAUCUGUCCUGCUCUGUUCAUAUCUUCUUCCGCCGUGUUUAUUUUCCAUUUUAUCCUUGAUGGGUUUACUGGAUGGAUGACUGCAAGUGCCCCUGGACUUGGCCUCUAAGAGCAAGGCUCGGCUCGUCUUUGCUUCAGUUUUAACCACAUGUCAGGUAACGCUAUUUCAGUCGAGAAAUAGACUGCUGUUUGCCGUCGGUACGCAACUUUGAACGGACAUUCAGACUCUAACCGACCGCGCCGAUCCUGAAUUAUUUAUUUUAUCUUGCUAAGUGAUAAAGGCACCGUGCUUCGUUACUGUUGUUGUUCUUGUUUUUUUUUUAAAACAAAGCAUUCCGAAACCAAAAACGGGGAACAAAAAGUUUUUGUUAACGUUGACUGAUAGAUAUGGCAAUGGUAGUGUGGAGAGGCUCCCAGGACGAUGUGGCCGAGACCCAGGGCACCCUCUCAUCGCAAGCCCAAGGAGGACUAUCCCUUCCGACCCCUCAACCAGGCCAGCUGGGUCUAACGGCCUCUCAGGUUGCCCCUCCGACCCCUCAGACACCCGUUCAAGGACCCCCGAACAACAACACACAGUCCACCCCGACGAACCAGACGACGCAGUCGGAAAAGCAGCAGCCACAGCACAUAGAGUGCGUGGUUUGCGGGGACAAAUCCAGCGGCAAACACUAUGGCCAGUUCACUUGCGAGGGGUGUAAAAGCUUUUUCAAACGGAGCGUACGAAGGAACCUCACUUACACAUGCCGUGCCAACAGGAAUUGUCCCAUUGACCAGCACCAUCGCAAUCAGUGUCAGUACUGCCGCCUCAAAAAAUGCCUCAAAGUUGGCAUGAGACGGGAAGUUUCUCUUUUUACUGCAGCCGUGCAAAGGGGACGGAUGCCACCCACACAGCCACACCAUGGUCAGUUCGCCUUGACAAAUGGGGACCCACUGCACUGCCAUUCCUACUUAUCCGGAUAUAUCUCUCUACUACUACGAGCGGAGCCCUACCCAACUUCUCGGUAUGGCAGUCAAUGCAUGCAGCCCAACAACAUCAUGGGCAUCGAGAACAUUUGUGAACUGGCAGCCAGGAUGCUGUUUAGUGCGGUAGAGUGGGCCAGGAAUAUUCCCUUCUUCCCAGACCUCCAGAUUACCGACCAGGUUGCCCUUUUGAGGUUGACCUGGAGUGAGUUGUUUGUGCUCAACGCUGCUCAAUGCUCCAUGCCGCUCCAUGUGGCUCCACUUCUGGCGGCGGCUGGGCUCCAUGCUUCCCCCAUGUCUGCGGACAGAGUGGUCGCCUUUAUGGACCACAUUAGGAUCUUCCAAGAACAAGUAGAAAAGCUCAAAGCUUUGCACGUUGACUCUGCUGAAUACAGUUGUUUAAAGGCCAUCGUUUUAUUCACUUCAGAUGCUUGUGGCCUGUCAGAUGUGGCCCAUGUGGAAAGUUUGCAAGAGAAGUCCCAGUGCGCUCUGGAGGAGUACGUUCGGAGCCAGUAUCCCAACCAGCCAACUCGAUUUGGGAAGUUAUUACUGCGCUUGCCCUCUCUCCGUACAGUCUCGUCUUCGGUCAUAGAGCAAUUAUUUUUCGUCCGAUUGGUAGGUAAAACCCCAAUUGAAACCCUCAUCAGGGAUAUGUUGCUGUCGGGGAGCAGUUUUAACUGGCCUUACAUGUCGAUUCAGUAGGCAGAAGGAGUGAUCAAAGGGGCUGUGACUACAAUAGUUAGCGCUUCUUUUGUAGAAGGAAACGGCUGUUACACGAGUUUACUUUCACGAAGAAAGACUUUCAUACAAUGACUGUGAAUUUUAAAAUUGAGACAUUCAGUGAAGCCUCGAAAUCCAGAGAUUGCUCCCUGUGUCAUUCUGAACAGUUGGUUCUAAUGUUUUUUUGUUUGUUUGUUUGUUUGUUUGUUGUUUUUGUAAUAAAUAAAAAAAAUACAAAAAUGAAGAAAUAAAUAACCCACUAAAAUUAAUACAAAAGGAAAAAAGACUAAAGAAAAUAAGUCAAGGAUUUUCAUAAUCCUUUCUGGACAGCAAAACUAAAAAGUGCAUUUAAGCGACAAUUUGGAAAGAUUAAGGAGGAAGAAGAAAAACAAGUUCCUUUUCUAAAUUGCUAUAUUGUCCUGUGUCCAUGUAUCUAUAGCUGUUUUUGUAAUUUUUUUUUUUUUUUUUUUUUUGCUUCUCCUUUCUGGUUCCAAACCGGCCUAUGUGAUUCUGUAGUAUGCAGUUGUUUUUUUUUAUUUUUAUUUUUAUUUUUUGCUGUUUUUCUAAUAACCAUGGCUUCUUCUAAAACAGUUCGGAAUGUAAAGACGUUCUUCGAGAAUUAAAACUAAAUCCACAGCAAUAUAGGCUAUGCUUAAUGCUGCAACCGCACUUACUCUAUUGAUGUCCCUCAAUGAACAAGAAUAGGGAUUAUUUUCAUAACCAACUCAAACUUAUAUCCACAAAAUGCCAGAACACUAGUAAUGCAUCAUUUCAUACCACUCUUCUGCCUGAGAUAUAGAACCCCCCCAAAUCAUAAUUUCCCGAAAUGGAUGCAGGAGCAAAACUAUAUCACUCAGUUAUAUGCGCCAUAAAAGUGUUUGCAAAAUGUCACCGGUUAUUUCAAUUACCGAAAUAUUUCAUUAUUUCACGACCAAUUAUUGUUGAAAGUUUUGACCUGUCUCCAAUUUUUUUUUCCUCUCAAAUAUUUGGAUUCGGGGAUGGUCGACAGCCUGCAAUGCAAAUAGUAGAACAAAGUGUUUGAUUUUACAGUUAAGGAGACCCCCACUUAAUAUUUUCAAAUGUAUUAAGUUGCGUACACGCGAAUUCUCGCUCACGCGUUUUGCAACAGUAAACUGUAUUUUGAACGAGGGGGGGAGAUGAUGGGUCAUCAUUCUUUUAAUGAUAAAGCAGCAGUAUUAAUAAGACGUCCCCAUAAAUGUCCCUCAACACUAAAAAGCAUUAAAGUGCCUGUACAGCGCAAAUGUGUUAUUAACGGUUACUGAAGUCUAUACACCAUGGGGAACACGCUUAGAAUUUACAAAGUCUUAUAAUUGUUCAUUUCACUUGAGGGAAAAAAACACAAGUAGAGGCAGUAUUCUUGUAAAUAUAGGUCAAUUAAUUUCAAGGACUUUUUCUUUAUACAACGUAUAUGUGAUUAUUAAGAAUAAAACUGUGGUUGCCAAUUUUUUCGGUAAUACAAAUGUCUUCAAAUGAGUGACAGACUUAGCUAGUAGCACUGAAAGUUCUGGUUGUAAUGUACAUACAUAUUAAGACAAAUGUUUUUUUUUUCUUCCUUUCUUUUUUCAUGUAUUUAGACUGUGAAUGCAUGGCCACAGGUCGCUAACCUAUUUUAUCUUUGAUAUAUAUAUAUAUAAAUGUAAAUGUUUUUGACUGUAUAGAUAUAAUCUGUGCAUUCAGUACACUAGCCCUUGUAUUUAAAAAGACAAAAAAAAAAAAAACGUUCGACGAUAGGUUGACACUUAACAGGGUGAGCUGGUUUGGAAAGGGGUGGCUAUUUUGACUUGGUGUUCUGCUCCUUUUCGGUCUGUAACAGAUGCCUUGUGUGUGUAUGUGUGAAAGCUUGCAAUUUCGUCCCUGUUUUGAGGCUUUUCUUCAACACACAAGACACCAUGUUGUGAUUGGAUAAAAAAGGGAUCAUAUUGUGUAGUUGAUUGAACAGUUAUUUGGGCUGUUCUCUGCCACAUAUGGACCAGUGAAUGAUACAUGAUUGUAAUUAUGAACAGUUUAAACUGACCCACGUUUUUAUAUAAAUAUAUAAAAUAUAUUACUGCAGGGUAUUGAUAACGUAUAGAUACUUUUUUAUUAUUAUUGAUUAUUAUUAAUUGCAAGUGAUAUACGUGAGUGUGUGUGGAAGUUUAUAGUUGAAAACAAUUCUUGUUUGUUUGUGUUAGCUUAUUGUAAACAAGCAUUCUGCUGUAAAUUUGUUCUUGGUAUUAAAUUAUAAUUUAUGAA